AUGUAUCCUGAUUUUGUUGAUACAAUAAAUGGGAUGAAGCUAGUGCUAACAUGGGAAGAUUUCAAGAAGACUACCAUAGCUAGGGUAUCAACUGAUAAGAGAGUAUUGGAAGAGUUCUGGUGGCGUUUCAAGUGUCUUCCAAAAGAUAGAGCUGAGGCAGAUGCUGUCUUGGAGUUAAAAUUUAAAAACAUGGUGCCUAAGAUGUUGAGUGAAGAGAAGCGGGCUAUCACAAAGAAACUAUAUAAGGAUGGUAAUGUGCCCCUAGAAGAUGUAGAUGAAUAUGGAAAUCGUUGGCCAACAAAAGAAGCACUUAUAUCUGUUAAACCAAGAGACUUUACAACCAAUGAAGGUUGGGCUUUGCUAUGUGAGCACUGGAAUACAUCAAAAUUUAGAAAGUCAUCCUUAAAGGAAAAGCAAAAUCGCAUAGCUGGAGAUAAUAACGUAUACCAUCGCAGUGGCUCAAGAAGCUUACCAGCAACACGCCAAUGGCUGGCACUAAAAACUGGCGUUGACCCUGGAAUUGGUGGCGCUUGGCUGCAUAAUCAUGAAUUGAAUCUAGAGACAAAUGAUGGCAGCUUUUCUAUGUUUUUUUUGGCAAAGGCACAAUAUGAGGAAGGAAUGGAAAAAAGUAGAAUGCCACAUGGUAAGCUAGGAAUUGGUGAUGGAGCAAUUGGUAUUGCUGAGAAGGAAGCAAUCAAGACAAGGAAAAGAAGUGCACAACCAUAUGUUUCUGCUAAAGAGAAGCGACUUGAAAGGGAAAAUAUGAUAUUGCGAAAAGAAUAUAGCAACCUUGAACAUGUUGUGCGGGCACUUGUUGCUAAACAAGGAAUGGACUUUGAUGCAUUAGCUCAGGAAACUGCAACUAACUUGGUUGCAUUCGCUAGAGAGCAUGAGAAAAUUGUUCCUAAUGCAUCUGAUCAUGAUAACAUUGGUGGAGCAGACUAUAGUGGUGAGGAAAAUAUUGGUGGAGCAGACUAUAGUGGUGAGGAAAAUGAAGAUGACAUCUAUGAUUAUGAUGAUGAAGGAUACCAUUCCCAAGAUGAUGGCCAAAAUUACGAGAACAAUGGUGAAGACAUUUUCGAUGAUGAUGCUUCCUGGUGA